ACGCUGGCCUACCCGGUGGGUCCGAAGGGGAAGCCCCUCCCCUUCCUGCGUAACCCGGACAUCCUGGUGGGGGAGAACGACCUGACGGCGCUGAGCUACCUUCAUGAACCUGCAGUGCUGCACAACCUGAGGGUCCGCUUCCUGGAGCCCAACCACAUCUACACCUACUGCGGCAUCGUGCUGGUGGCCAUCAACCCGUAUGACCAGCUCCAUAUCUACGGAGAGGAAGUGAUCCGGGCUUACAGCGGCCAGAACAUGGGGGACAUGGACCCCCAUAUCUUCGCUGUGGCUGAGGAGGCCUACAAGCAGAUGGGCAGAGACGAGAGGAAUCAGUCCAUCAUCGUGAGCGGAGAGUCCGGAGCAGGAAAGACGGUUUCUGCGAAGUACGCCAUGCGCUUCUUUGCCACGGUGGGCGGCUCGGCUAAUGACACGAACGUUGAGGAGAAGGUUCUCGCCUCCAGCCCCAUCAUGGAGGCUAUCGGAAAUGCCAAAACCACUCGAAAUGAUAACAGCAGUCGCUUUGGAAAGUACAUCCAGAUCGGCUUCAGCCGGCACUUCCACAUCAUCGGAGCCAACAUGAGGACGUACCUGCUGGAGAAGUCCCGGGUGGUUUUUCAGGCGGAGGACGAGAGGAACUAUCACAUCUUCUACCAGCUGUGUGCGUCCAGCAGCCUGCCGGAGUUCAGGGAGCUGGGCCUAACCAGUGCAGAAGACUUCACAUUCACGUCUCUAGGCGAGAACAUCUUCAUCGAGGGCGUGAACGACGCUGAGGACUUCAAGAAGACCAGAGAGGCCUUAACUAUGCUAGGGAUAAAGGAAAGCAGUCAGAGCAGCAUCUUCAAAGUGGUGGCAUCCAUCCUUCACCUCGGGAACAUCGAGAUCUGCACAGAGCGAGACGGAGAGUCGUGUCACGUGUCUAGGGACGACCUCCACCUGCAGCACUUCAGCCGGCUGCUGGGCGUGGAGCUGCAGCAGAUGGAGCACUGGCUCUGUCACAGGAAGCUGGUCACCUCAUCAGAGACGUACCUGAAGAAGAUGUCCAAGAAGCAGGCGGAGAACGCCCGCAAUGCGCUCGCCAAACACAUCUACGCCCGCAUGUUCGACUGGAUCGUGGAGCACAUCAACAAAGUCCUGCAGAGCUCGUCCAAACAGCACUCGUUCAUCGGAGUGCUCGACAUCUACGGCUUUGAGACGUUCGAGGUCAACAGUUUUGAGCAGUUCUGCAUCAACUACGCCAACGAGAAACUUCAGCAGCAGUUCAACUCUCAUGUGUUCAAGCUGGAGCAGGAGGAGUACAUGAAGGAGCUUAUUCCCUGGACCCUGAUAGACUUCUGCGAUAACCAGCCGUGCAUCGACCUGAUCGAGGCCCGGCUGGGGAUCCUGGACCUGCUGGACGAAGAGUGUAAAGUUCCCAAAGGCACGGACCAGAACUGGGCCCAGAAGCUGUACCAGAAACACUCGAGCAGCGCUCACUUCCAGAAGCCCCGCAUGUCCAACACCUCCUUCAUCAUCAACCACUUCGCCGACAAGGUGGAGUACGAGUGUGAAGGGUUCCUGGAGAAGAACAGAGACACCGUGUACGAGGAGCAGAUCAACAUCCUGAAGGCCAGCCAGUUUCAGCUGGUUGCAGAUCUAUUUAAUGAGAAAGAGGACGUCGCCCCCCCGAAGUCGUCCAGAGUGAACGUCCGACCGGCGAAGCCGACGCCUCGACCCGCGAACAAAGAGCACCGCAAGACCGUGGGCCACCAGUUCCGCAGUUCUCUUCGCAUGCUCAUGGAGACUCUGAACGCGACGACUCCUCAUUACGUUCGCUGCAUCAAACCCAACGAUUACAAGGAGGCGUUCUCGUUUGACUCAAAGCGAGCGGUGCAGCAGCUCAGAGCCUGUGGAGUCCUGGAGACGAUCAGGAUCAGUGCAGCGGGGUAUCCAUCCAGGUGGACGUACCCGGACUUCUUCAGCCGCUACCGGGUUCUGCUAAAGAAGUCAGACAUGACAUUAGCCGAUAAGAAGCUGGUGUGUAAAAACCUGCUGGAGACGCUCAUCAAGGAGCCCGACAUGUUCCAGUUCGGGAAGACGAAGAUCUUCUUCCGGGCCGGCCAGGUAGCGUACCUGGAGAAGCUCCGAGCCGACAGGUUCCGCUCCGCGUGCAUCCGGAUCCAGAAGACGGUGCGCGGCUGGCUGCAGAGAGUCCGCUUCCUGAAGGUCCGCAAGACCGCCAUCACGCUGCAGAGAUACGGGAGGGGCUUCAUGGCCCGCAGGCAUGCUGACUUCCUGCGGCAGACCCGCGCUGCGCUCGUCUGUCAGAAGCAGCUGCGUAUGGUGAGAGACAGACGGGCUUUCCUGAGGGUGAGACGGGCGGCCGUCACGAUCCAGGCCUUCACCCGCGGCACGUUCACUCGCCGCAUCUUCAAGGAGUUCCUCCUGCACCACAAGGCAAUGAUCAUCCAGCGGUGCGUUCGAGGCUGGCUGCAGCGCAGGAAGUUCCAGCGCUCGCGGGCAGCGGCCAUCACGCUGCAGUGUGCCUUCAGGUGCGUGCGGGCGAAGCGGCGCGUGCAGCAGCUGAAGGUGGAGGCGCGCUCCGCGCAGCACCUGAAGAAGCUCAACAGUGGCAUGGAGAACAAGAUCGUGCAGCUGCAGAGGAAGAUGGACGACAAGUCCAAGGAGCAGCGCUUCCAGAAGGAGCAGCUGCUGCAGGUGAACUCCUCUCUGGGCGGAGAGCUGAAGCUGCUGCAGAGGAAGCUGCAGGAGGCGAGCAGCCUGCAGCAGGGCGGGGGGGGGCGGCUGGCCUCGCUGCACGACGAGCUGCAGAGACUCAGGGAGGAGCUGCAGGAGGCGCAUGCUCUCAGGGGGGAGCUGCAGGAGGAGCAUGCUAACGAGAAGCAGGGGCUAACACAGAGGGUGGAGGAGCUGCAGAAGGAGAACUCUCUGCUGAAAAGCGAGAAGGAGGAGAUGAACCAGAAGAUCCUGAAGCUGACACGGAGCUCUGCAGAGGAGGGCAGCAGAGCUUCGCUGCAGGAGGAGUUGGAUGAGGAGCGGCUGAGAUACCAGAACCUUCUGAAGGAGGUCUCCAGACUGGAGCAGAAAUACGAGAACCUGAAGGAGGAGCAGUCCUUUAGCAAGUUUGCCCCCGGGCACCGCAGAAACGCCUCGACUCUGAGCAGCCAGGAGUCGGACUCCAACUACACCUCCAUCUCCACGUCAGAGCUGGGAGACACCGAGGACACCCUGCAGCACGUGGAGGAUGUGGGGGUGGAGGCAGCAGCUCUGGACCUCUCGGUGUUCCUGAAGCUGCAGCGCCGGGUCAGAGACCUGGAGACGGAGAGAGGGAGGCUGCAGCAGCAGCUGGAGCGGGGGGGCGAGCACAGGUGCUCUGAGGCCCCGCCUCUCUCUGAGCAGGACGCUGCGGACCUCACAUACACCAGCCUCAAGCUGCAGGACAUCGAGGUGGAGAACCUGAAGCUCAGGAAGGAUCUCCUCUCGCUCCAGAAGGCGGUCUCUGAGAGGGCGGGGCUUAGCGAUCCCACCAAUGAGCUGCAGGAGAGCCACGCCCUGCUUAUGUCUCAGCUGCGCUCAGCCAAUGAGGAGCUGGAGGCUCGAAAGGAGGAGGUGCUUAUUCUGAGGACACAGAUCAUAAGCUCCGCCCACAAUGAGCAGAGCCCCGCCCACCAGAAGGAGCAGAGCCCCGCCCCCCUGAAGGAGCAGAGCUCGGACGGUGCUAUAGUCAGUGAGCAGGGCAGCACUCCGCCAGAAAAAGAGGAAUAUGUGUGUGCCGGAGAGUGUGAGUCCAAGAGGCUGCUGGAGGCGCAGCUGCAGGCACAGACGCGUCGUCACGGCGACGAGCUGACAGCGCUGCACACGCAGAUCGAGCUGCUGAAGGCCGACAUCGAGAAGAAGCAGGAGCUGCUGAACUUCACCUCCUCGCUGUCCCCCGAAGACAGGGUGGAGUACAGCGUCCAGCAGGAAAUAACCCGGCUAACCAACGACAACCUGGACCUAAAGGAGCUGCUGGAGAAACUGGAAAAGAACGAGAGGAAACUGAAGAAGCAGCUCAGGAUCUACAUGAAGAAAGUCCAGGAGCUGGAGGUUUCUCAGGCUGAGAGGACACGUCCCCCCCUCAGCCGUCAGGUGACGGUCCAGAGGAAGGAGAAGGACUUUGAGGGGAUGCUGGAGCUCCAUCAGGACGACGAGACGUUGCUGCAGAAGAAGCUCAUCGCAGAGAUCAGUCCCGGCAGUGUGUCCUCGUCUGUCCCCUGUCUCCCAGCCUACAUCCUGUUCAUGUGUCUCCGUCACGCUGAUUAUAUUAAUGAUGAUCAGAAGGUGGAGUCUCUGCUGACCCAGUCCAUCAACUCCAUCAAGAGGGUCCUCAAG